CUACUUUUCUCGGUGUUUAUUUGCUGCUCCUAAUACACAUCCCUUACUCUUAUAAUUAAGACAGUAUGAACACUGAGCAGUCUGCUGAACCGCACUAUAGUAACAGCAAGUGUCUAAUUUCGACACCGGAGGGGAAAGAUUUGAAGAAUGGAGCAGUGAAAAGAACUCCAUCCUCUAAGUUUAAGCGAGUACACUCCAACUUCAAAUCACCUCUUCAAGUCCCAGAGAGUGCUAAAGUUAGCCCUGCAGAGGAGGUAGCAGAGCUGGAGAGAAGAAGAGAGCAGCUGGACGCAGAGAUAGCACAGCUGGAGGUUGAGGGAUGCAGAGUAGAGGAGUUGGAGCAUCAUAUUGAUAUGCUGCAUGAAUACAAUGACAUCAAAGACAUUGGACAGUCACUCCUGGGCCGUAUUGCUGCUGUGAGAGGGACCACCACACGAGAUCUCUACAGCCACUUUGGUCUGGAACUGGAUGACUGAAAAAAACUAUGAACUCACAGUGGGGAGAAUGGUUCCUCAGACCAAGGAGAGAGUGGCUUGAUGAGAAAAGGCCAAAGAACCUUGAGAUGGGAGGAUUGAUUUGGACUUAAAAUGUGACUCAGAGGAACUGUGUUGACCUCCACCUGCUCUCUCAGACACCGGUUCGCCCAUUUUCUUGGUGAUUUUGUUUUCACCUCUUUACCGAGUGAGAUUUGCAUAAUAGGAGGAGAAUGAUGCUGGCGCUGCAUGCAGACAUGAUAUUUAAGAGGCCAACUACUCAAACCAUUUAAUUAAGGCUUUGUUCUGUUUUGACAUUUCAGCUUAUGUAGAUGGGGUUUGGAUGAUGGCUGCGUGCUUGUUUAUUGCUUUUCUGACGUUUUUUUAUUUACUAAAGAGGGAAUGCUGGAUUGUUAACUUAAUGUGUAAAAUAAAUUGCACUAGCUCUUGGUACAUAAUUCUUUGUAAACUGAGAACAGCGUGUAAUAAAUAAGGCAUUCAGACCACCAGGGACUUUA